GAAGUCUAGCGACUAUGCAGCCCGUGUCAGUCUCCGACUGCCUGGUCGUCUUGCUGGUGCUCCUUGCCUUAGUCAUGCUGUCUCUCAACCUGGCGAAGUCCCUCUGCCCGUCGCGGGACGAAGAUGCCGUCGAGUCCUCGGCACGGAGGGAGACCGAGCAGCUGCGGUCACUCGCAGGAGCUGGGCAGGGCAGUCGCCGCUCGGCCCCGUCGCCCUCGCCCUCCCCUUGGGAAAAAGAAGACGAAGGAGAAGGAGGAGGAGGAGGGGCAGAUGCAAAAGAAAUCUUUGCCCAUUUUCUGAAAGAGUUUCCUGGCCGGAGAGAAGAGAUUGAAAAGUGCAUCAGGUGCCUUCAGGAACUGGCAAAUGAAAUUGACAAGACCCAUAAGGACUGCACCAUUGCCAACAUUACUGCCAGUUCUACCGGCGCAGUUUCUGGCAUCUUGACCAUCCUGGGAUUGGCCCUGGCCCCCGUCACAGCAGGUGGGAGCUUAAUCCUAUCGGCCACUGGGAUGGGUUUAGGGGCAGCAGCGGCAACUACUGGUGUUUCUGCUGGUCUGUGUGAACAUUUUAUUAAUUCAAAGAAAGGGAAAGAGGCACAAGCGCUGAUGGACCAGUGUGAGAAAAGCCUGGGGACGCUGGUGGGUCAGAUGGACCUGAGCUCUGGGUUGCUACCACCAGAUAAAAAUAAAGCCAUCCAACACAUUGCUGCUGGUGCUCAGCAAGUGCCAAAACUGAUUACGACUGCACAGGGGAUCAGUGCAACUGUUGGGGCCCUGAAGUGCAUUAGAACUAACCCCGGCUUGAAGGUUUUAGCAAAGAGAGUGGCUGCAGGAGGCACCACCCGUGUUUCUGUGAGAGGCGUGAAGCAAGUCGAAAAGGCAUUUAAAGGCACUGCUUUUGCAAUGACCAAAGCGGCCAGAGUGGCAACUGCGACCAUGGCAGGGCUGGGUCUUGUGAUGGAUGCCUAUAGUAUCAUCCAGGAUGCCAUUCAUAUAACAAAAGGGGCCACAGUAGAAGCAGCGGCUGCCAUCAGAGCCAAGGCUACUGAGUUGGAAGAGGUUGCACAGAAUCUCAGCAAACUCUAUGAAGAACUGAGGGAACUGGAAGAAUGAGAGAGACUAAAAAAACUGCACUGUGAAUGCACUACUUGUGGAACUUUUCGAAACUUGUUUGUAAUGGUGAACAUGGGGAAUGCAGACUAGGACAUGGAAGGAAGGGCAGAAGGAAAGGGUGAGGGGAGAGCAGCGAUGAUGUGUAUGGCCAAGGCUGCCUGGUAUCCCAGUCCCACGGACGUGGACUCUGGUCCACCACCAGAAUAAAACAAAAAGGUAACCCAAUUCUUUAAUAACCUGCCUAUUUCUUUAUUACAUUUUCUCUCUCCAUUUUUUCCUAGCAUGGGUCUCCUCCCAGCAAAGGUCUCAGAAGCUGGUCAGUUUUAUUCAUUUAUUAAAAGUUUUUCUAUCCUGUUCCCUGCAGAACAUCUCAGGGCGGCUUACAGAGUUGGCAUCUGAUGCGAGACAAAGAUCACUCCAAAGUGAUCUUUCUAGCCUUUUGCCCUGAGGACAGGAUGAUGCCUGGCAGCCAAUCCUAGGAGCCCCACCCUCCGCACACACACACAACUUCCUUCAGCUGCCACCAGUUUUCACCUUUAACAUCGAGGCAAUGAUACCAGCCAGAUGUCCUGGGCAAGAACUCGCCAUUUACAUCCAGCUCUGGUGCUUAACUUACUCGCUUCUUCCUGGUAUUUGGAGUAUCUUCUGGUUCAACUAAUCCCUUCAUUAACCCUUACCUGCCUUGUGAGACCUUAUUUCAAUAGGUAUACCUGAAAGAAAAACUAAUUAAGCUCCGUAGAACUUCCUUCUGUGUAGACAUACAUGGAGUUGCAUUUAAGUUGCUCCUAAGGGUUUCUUGUGACUGCAGGGGUCCAGGGAAGUUGCUUUUCCAUUCUUUACAAUAGUUUGGGAUCCAGCAGUUCCAUGGUAGCUGUGCAGCUCUCUAGAGAGCAAUUCUUGUUAACAACCAAUGGCGCUAAUCAAUAAGCUGAAAUGUACUGUACUGUGCAAAUUUGUGUGUCAUUUGCCCUCUGUUUUAGUGAUACAUGCUACAAUAAUCUAAGCUCAGUAGAAAUGAGUUUUCCAAUGAUCAAUAUAAUAUUAAAAUCAUGUUUACGCAAUAAAAUUCUUUUUUCUACUUCAACAUGCAUGGGAUUGCACUUACGUUGUUCUGAUGCCUUUUGUUCAUGAAAGAAACUAGAAAAGACAGUUUUUCAUUGUUUUCUGUAAAAUUACUUGGGCUUCAACUGUUCUAUUUGUUCAAACAAUCACUUUGCUUUGUCAUUCGCAGGGGAGUUCUUUUUGGGCAUAUCUAGUUUUAUUUACCAGAAUGCUGCAAUGUGUUGUAUUUCCAUUUAAGUAAUUGCGAUGAUUUCUAAAUUUGCACGAUCUGUAAUAUACAGUGUACAUACCUGUGUACUCUUUAAUGAUAAUGUAUAAAUGGCCACACUAUUUGAAGAUUAGAGACAGAGCAAGUUUUUCAUUAGAAGUCAUUUUUACGCAAUAAAGUUGAUUUUUAAAAAUA